GCCCUCGCCAAUCCCAGAGGCCGGGAUUAGAGACAAAGAGAUAUUUAGAGAUAAAAAGUAUGAAAGCUCUCUUGGCUGGUGCUCUUUGCUGUCUUAUGGGCGGCUGUCACUAACAUUCCAAGGAUGUUCUCCUAUUUUCCAGAAGGGUGCUGCGUGCAGUGUAAUAAGUGUUGCCUCCCCACAGCGGUGGGCUCUCUAACUGAAGGGUGUAACAUACAGUUAAUGGAGUUCUUGCUGCUCAGGUGUCCCUUCUCUCUUCCCAGGUGUUCCUUCGUGCAUUUAAUGGUCAUUAAGUACGUUCCAGUAGGUGUUCUCGACGUCCUGACAGUGUUCUAGCUUUCCUGAAACACCUGGAGGGUGUUGUUUCUCCCCUGAAUGGCAUCACGUGCAGACGAGGAGUCCUACCUCCCAGGGGGUGUUCUGGAACCUCCUCCUUGGCAUUCAGAGCCAUGGACCGCGAAGGUGCUGGGUGGGUGUUCUCCUCAGUCGGCUGGAGGUCACAGACACCCCAGAGGUUCAAGUCCGGCCGGGCUGGCUCCACCAUGGACUGUAGCUGCGUCUCCGACCUUCUCUUCGCCCCGCCCGCCCUGCCGGCUCUCUGGACCCCCGGGUUUGCCUUCCCAGAUUGGGCCUACAAGCCGGAGUCGUCCCCUGGCUCGAGGCAGAUCCAGCUGUGGCACUUUAUCCUGGAGCUGCUGCAGAAGGAGGAAUACCAGGGUGUCAUCGCCUGGCAGGGGGACUACGGGGAAUUCGUCAUCAAGGACCCUGACGAGGUGGCUCGGCUCUGGGGCAUCCGCAAGUGCAAGCCCCACAUGAAUUAUGACAAGCUGAGCCGGGCCCUGCGCUACUACUACAACAAGCGGAUUCUCCACAAGACCAAAGGGAAGAGGUUCACCUACAAGUUCAACUUCAGCAAAGUCGUGCUGGUCAACUACCCGCUGUUGGAUGUGGCAGCAGCCACCACGGGCUCCCCACUCUUGCUGACCCCUGGUCCCUUUGGGGGGACCCCUGGGCCAGAUGCUCCUCCCCUUACCCCUGAGACCUUGCAGACCCUGUUCUCUGCCCCUCGCCUGGGAGAGCCAGGGGCCCGGGCGCCCCUGUUCACCCCUGAGACAGAUAAACUGCGUCUGGACAGCCCUUUCCCGUUUCUGGGCUCCGGUGCCACCGGCUAUUCUAAGCCCCCUGGCCUGCUGGGUCCUUAUGGCCGCGCCUUCCCAGAGUACCCCUGGAACUUUAACCCGUACCUCACCGGCCCCUUCCCCAAGCUGCCCCCCUCUCUCUACCCCCCACACUUCUACCCCAACCCUCUGGCCGGUCCCCUGGGCCACCUGCCCUCAGCAGGGGCAGGGGGAGGCCCCACAGCUUCACCCCUGCUGGCUGCGACGGGGGAGGGCCUGGGCCCUGAGCGCCCCUCGGGCCUGGCAGCCGCCCCUCGCCUGGCACUGCCCGGAGCUGGGGGUCCAGAGGCUGCGCUGGGUGGGAAGGAGGACAGCGACUCGGAGCUGGAGAUCACUGAUGUCAGCGGCUGCAGCUCUGACAGCGAGGGCGACGAGGGCCUCCCUGUGCCCCCAAGGCCAAGGCGAGCAAAGGGGGGAUCGGCAGCUGAACCAUUGUGGGGUAAAGGAUUCUGCCAGGGUGGGGGCUUGGGGGGGCAGCCUCUGCCCUGGUCCAGUGUGCCCUCCAUGUCCUGCCCAAGGCCAAGGCCCUGCCCUCGGCCCCUCCUAGGACCGGCCACAUGGUCACCCACCUUCUUUCCUAACCCUGGGUUGGGGUCUCGCCUCCCCCUUCAGAGGGGGAGGGGACACAAUGGUCUCCAGCCUCUUUCCCAGGCUCCGGUUUGAGGGGGCUCCCCGCCUGGCCCCACUCCGAAAGUGCAAUAUGGCGCCCAGCCUCUCCUGCCCGCCCACCCCUGUGCUGUGACCUGCGUGUUUGUUCGGCCACGUCUGCUCUUGUGCCAGCCCCAGUCCUGACACCCUCCCCACACAGGCCCCCUGGGGACAGGGAGCUCAGAGCAAUAACCCCGCCCCCAGCCCCUGCCCAGGAGGGCCCCCUCCCCACAACCCCCAACAGCCACCUCCAGAGAGUUUACUACAAAAAUAAAAGAACGGAAAGGAGUGUGA